CAACACCACACGACACUUCGCGACUUUCACUACCCACGCCGCCACCUUUCACUCUCUCACCAGCCCACGUGCACUGCUGCGCGCACUUGUAGAAGAGUUUCUUUCGUCAAAGACGCCUUGUCCGCCGCAUCCACUCAUCGCGUGGUGGCAGUUCUCGCUUGGAAGGCACAUCGCGCAAGAGGAAGCUGCGACCGAGAACCGGGCAGUCGCACAACACAUUGCGUCUUCUGCUUCGGGCCACCUGGCAGGUGUAUUCUUUGCGCUUGUUACCUAGUUAGAAGCUGGUGUCUACGGCUCGUCCGUUUGCCCGCACUGCAACGCGCGGGUCAGGCUUAGAGCCUUCUGUAGAGACGUUUUUUGAAUCUUGUUGCGCAUAUAGCAUAAGCUACAUACGUGGUUGCAUAUUGAGCCCAUCUACCUCGUGUCCAACACCAUGUCCGAAGAAAUACGCCGCUCCGGUCGCGCCAAUAAAGGCCACCACACGAAGAACCAAGAUACCCUUGAAGAGCCCUCACCAGCUCCAAAGCCCAAGACGCAGCCAAAGCCCGAGAAGAAAGCACAGGGAAGCACAAAGGGUCAACCCAAGGGCCAGGCUGCGCGUGCCCAGUCAACGCAGUCUGUUGAGCAAGAAGUGGAGCAGGAAGAGGAGGAAGAAGAGCAAGAAGAGGAGGAGGAUGCCAUCAUUCGCUGCGUUUGUGGCGACCAGCGCGACAUCCGUGGACGGCAAAUGAUCUGCUGUGACAGUUGCACGGCCUGGCAACAUAACAAAUGCUUAGGCUUGCCCGAGGGCGACUUUUGGGAGGGCAAAGACUACUAUUGUGAAAAAUGCAAGCCAGAACAGCAUCAAGAGCUGCUCGCCGCCAUGGCGCGGGGGGAGAAGCCCUGGGCCCGCAAGAAGGGCUCCAAGCCAAAGGCUCGCCCCAGCGACAUUAAGCAGGAAGGCACUUCUGAAAAGGCAACGACACCACAGCAAUCAGCUACACCCUCACAAGCAGAUCCAGCUCCCGUUCAAGCGUCGACUCCCACUCCCGCCCCUGCCUCCGUGCCGACUCAGGAUACGUCGAACGGUCAUACUGACACAAAGGGCAACAAGAGCCAGCCACAGUCUCCGUCAGGCGAGAAGCGCCGCCAUGAGCCAACCACGGAGAAGGCCAAUGCAAGCAAGAAGCGCAGAAAAUCCAGCCACCAAGAGCCCAAAGCCACCUCGCAAAGCGCGCCAGGUGAGGACAUUGAUGCUCUACCUCAGAAUCAGAAAGCCCUUGCGGAAAAGCUUCGAGAGACUCUCACGCCGUUGAUCAAAACUGCUUCGGAUGCGAGGGGCUACCGCAUCCCAGAUGGAGAGACAGCCAAAUCUCUCGCAACACGGAUGACUCUCCAAAUCAGCCACGCCGCUUUUAGGCAAUAUGGCGAGCCCACUGGGGCGGAUUCGCCCUACUUUGCCAAGCUGCGUACCAUCAUGUUCAACGUCAAGAAGAAUACAGUUCUCAUAGAUCAGCUACUGUCUGGUAGCCUGAAGGCACAAGAAUUCGUGGGCAUGGAGGCUGAAGAGAUGGCGAGCGAGGACAAACAGCGUGAAUAUGCUGUUAUGAGAGAAGCGGCUGAGAAGCAGAUGAUUUUGACUGAGGAAGCUGGACCUCGUAUGCGCAAAACACACAAAGGUGAGGAACUCGUGGGCGACGACACUGCCGAUAACCACGAGUUCAAGCAGCCCAACCUACGUGAACGAGAAAGCGUGGACGAAACAGCAAUGCAAUCACCCAUUGGCACUCGCCCAUCAGAGACUCCGGCAGAUGCAGCACGCGGCCCACUCUCAUUGGAUACAUCCGAGGUGCAAACAGAUAGUACGAGGCGGCCAUCGACCAACUUCGAUAUCAAUUCGGUAUUUGAUAAAGUCCGAUCGCCACAGCAUGAUCAGCAAGCGUUUAUACAGCGUCGUCAAAGCUCCAUGCACAUGCACGACAAACCACAGGCUCCUGUUGAUGAUGCAGAUGUGGAUCGACUACUCAAAGACGAAGACAAUGACGUGGAGAUGUCAGGAUACUCGUCGGAUCCGACUGUCUGCUGGCAAGGAUCCAUUAGCAUGCAGUCCAUGGAAUCGUUCGACGCUGUCGCUCGUUUCGUCGCCGGUGGCGAUUUCAGCCAGGUCGUCCCGUGGGAGAAGCUACUGACUAACGCACUAUCUGUUCAAGGUCGGAUAGAAAGCGCCAAGGGAGACGACUACAUUCGGGGCAUAGGACACACGGAAAGUCACGAGGUGGCGAUCCUUGCGGUUAGCCCCGUCACUUCAAACGGACGUGCAAUCAUGGAUCAUCUAUACAACUACUUCCAUUCACGAGGGCGCUGGGGUGUGGUUCCUAUCGACAACUUGGGCAACGAUAUCAUGCGGGACCUUUACGUCAUUCCAAUCGAGGCCGGUGGUAGCAAUCUCCCGCCCUUUAUCGACAUGCUCGAGUAUUGCACUAUCGAGACGCCCCGCAAGGAGCAUAUGUUGCUGCUCGCCCUCAUUGCCAAGCUUCCUGAGGUCAAGCCUGCAACACAGCAUUUUGAGCGCUACCCAGCACAAGAAACCACCGCGGGUCAGGCCGCUCAGACUGGAAGUACUGUUCCGACGAAUGGCCCCAGUCCAUCCCCAGUCCCCAAUCCUCACGGUCCGCAGUUCUCACCAGUGGGCGCAACCUUCUCUCCGGGACAGUACGGCAAUCCAUUUGCUCAAGCGCCAGCGAACAACGGACACCAACAGCCACAGCUCCCUGCGAACGCUCCACCGCAUCAUCAAACACCGAAGGCACUCGAGAUUUUUGGGCCGUACAUUGACGCGCCCGUCAUCGUUCAGAUCCUCGGCUCUAACCUAUCCCAGAACCAGGCGGUGUCAGAGUUGCAGAUGAUCAAUUUGAGGCACAUUGUCGAGCACAUUCCCGAGGCUCGGACCAAUCUCUCUGUGCUCACAGACCAUCUGCGGCAGAAAACUGGGGCAAAUAACCGGGAAUAAAUUGGGAUAUUGUGAGCCCGAGCGAAUUACCCAUAAGGCGUCAGAUCUGGUUGGAAAUUUUACUUUUGGCGUCCGUGGCGCUGGAUGGGGUCGGCACGGUGUGGCGACUACAGGCUGGAGGGGUUGCGUUUCUUUCGUCUGAUACCCGUACGUGGCGCUUGCUCGAUGGAGGCGUAGAAGCGCCGAACAGUCUUUCUUUUUCUUUUUGUCCUGGAUAACUCUUCGUGCAGCUUAUCGUGCGGCUUACCUCCAAAAAACUUCCCUUCUGUUGCGCAAGCCUUUACGGCGAUUCGUGCUUAUGCGUUCUCUCAUUGAUGGUAUCAUUGUGUUAUGAAAUGUCUUUUUGUGAUUUGAACGAGUGUUACUGUGCUGUUAGGACUAUCUCUAAUCAAAUCAAAUCAACC